AUGAGGCUGACCCAUUCGUUUCCUCCUCCCCCUUCCCCUCUCCCCCGCUUCCUCUCUCCCCGCAUGCGCUGUGCACACACGCGCACGCUCCAUUCUCCGCAAACCACCCUUUCCCCCUUCGCGAUGCAGCCACCGGUAUUCCCGAGGCGACUCCCCCGGUUCAGGGCCCUCAACGCCAGGCGACACGCGGGGGCUGCGGGUCACCGGAACAACGCGCCGCUCCAAGCCGCAGAUGCCGGCGUCAAUGCGGACGGCGUGCGCGUUCAGCUGUUCCCCGAUGAAGGCUGCGCGGGUGGGCGCGCGGAAGGUUGCACGGGUGGGGGAGCGGAAUGUUGGGCGGACUUUGCUGCGUGGGAGAGUGGAACGGGGAGAGGGUUAAGUGGAGAGGGGGCUAAGGAGAAUGGAAGGGGCGUUAGCGCGGAACUGAAGCCGCCCUCCCCCCGCCUUCACGCGCAGCAUGCUUCGCGCCCCCGGCCGCCUUCCCCCCGCUCCGCGUCUCCCCGCUCUGCGCAGCCAAACUCCCUGCAGAUCGGCGUGCGCCGUCUCCCCUCCCCUGCCGUCGGCCCCCCCGCGCUCCGCGAGGAUCCCCGCGGGCGCGCGCGAAGCCUCGGCGUGGUUGCGGGUGGCGGCAGGGGUGGCGGAAAUGGCGUGUCCACCCUCUCGCCGCGUCCACGUGGCAACAGCUUAUUGGCUUCGCCGCUUGACGUCAGCACGAUCAAACCCGGUGCGCUUCAAACGAAUGGAUUGUCGUCGCCACGUCAGCUUGACGGCAGCGGGUAUGUAACGCCACCUCAGCAUGACGUCAUCGACUGGGACAGCGCGAGCGGCGGAAGUGGCGGGAUGCCUUUCGGGGAGGAGAAUCUUGUCGCAGCAGCGGCGGCGGCGGCGGCGACGGUUGCGGCGGCCAAUGCUGGUGACGACAUUCCUUCUAGCGCGUAUUACGGUGCCACUGACGCAGCUUCUGCUUCUGCUGCUGCGCCCAACGGAUACGUACCCGCUCCCACGACACUGCCGGCGCGAAGGCCUAGUAUCGGUUCGCGCCAUAACGGAUCAUUAAACGCGCUGAAACACGUCCCGCAACUGCAGCAACCGCAACAGCAGCAGCAACAGCCUCACGACACGCACGAGCAGCAGCACCGUAUUCAUCGCUCCAUUUCGCUCGGCGCUGCUGCGUUGGCAGCUGCUGAUUGGCUGCGUUCCCCCGCGGGGGCAGCUCGGCGCGGAAGCGGCUCCCCUUCCGCCGUGCAUCCACUCCCGCCGCCCCGCACCACCACCAUCGGCGUCACUGGCGCAGGCGCGGCAGCGGGAGACCAGCGCGCGGAAGCUCUGGGCGGAGGGGCGCGCGGAAAUGCGGCGGAGGAAGGGUAUGACGAGGCGAUGGCGGAAGGGACGGGGGAUGUUCUGCGGAGCCGCGUCCGCCGCGCCUAUAACGCGGACGACAGCAAUGAUAACGACGAUGGCCCCGUUAUAAUGACGUGCAGGCUGUUUCCGAGAAGGAGCACGUCGCGUACGUCUCUUAACGGAGGUGGCAGUAGCGCGGACAGCGUGAGCGGAGGGAGCGUGCGUGAAGGGAAAGACGACAAGUACAGCAGGAAACCGAAACGAAGCAUCUCUUGGGGGGGAUGGAUGAAAGCAGGGGGAAGCGGAGGGGGAAAGGAAGCAGAGAAAGGGGGAGGAGGAGCAGCGAAGGCUGGUGUGGUUGGGACGUUUGGUGUAACAAGCAACAAUGGGGGGGAAAGGAGUGGAUAUAAACCUGACCCUCAGCAAAAACUGAUACCCAAUGGGCGGAGUGAAGAGGUCCUUAACGCGUACAAGGCCCUGACUCAGCAAUCCGCCACGUGGAACCAGCUCAACGCCGGUAAUGACGUCACACCUAGUGCUGCUGGCGUCACGGUACCGCCCACCCCUGCUCCUGGUGCUGCUGCUGCCGAGGCUGCUGCUCUCGCCGAAGCAAGUGCCCGAGCCUGCCGGCUAGCCUUGCCAGCGGAGUCCGAAGCAGCAGUGAGCUUCUCUCAAGCUAUAAGCUUUGCAGGCUCGAAUCAGGAAGGAGUUAGAGGCACACAACAAGAGGAGAAGGAGGGAGGAGCGGUGGUGGGGGGGGAACAGCAGCAGCAAGAGCAACGGGAGCGAGUGCUCGGGGAAUACCAGCUGGAAGACGAACGGAGAGCAGCAGAAGCAGCAAAGGGAGCAGUAGAAGCAGCAAAGCGAGCCGCAACUCGUUUUUCAGCAGCAGCAGCGGUGGCAGCGGCAAAGGGAGCGCGGUUGGAGGCGGUGGAGAGCGCUGUGAGGGCAGCGAGAGCGGCAGUGGAGCAGGGGGCAUUGGAGGGUGCGAAUGUGGCGACUCUGGUGGGGCACUACAAUUCCCUGCUACGGCUGCAAGAGCAGAUGGAACGGCAAGAGAAGGCAGAACGCCAAGGGGAGGGAGAGAUGAAGGAGAAGGGAGGGGUGGAGGAGAAGGGAGGGGUGGAAGAGGGGGGAGAGGAGGAGGAGGGAGUUGAAGCCCCACAGCUGCAGAAGCAGAUGGAGCGACUGCAGCAUCAAGAGAAGAAUGGCAAAAAGGCGGCGAGCCAACAGCAGCAGAGGCAGCAGCUGCAGGGGCAGCACAGUCAAGGGCGCGUGCGCAGUGGCGAAGAGAGAGGGCGCAAUGAGGAAGUGAGAGGGAACAGUCAGGCCCUUCCUCGCCGGUCCCGCUCGCUCACUGUCGCCAACUCAGCAUCUGCAUCUUUCAAGGGACGGCCGGGAUCGUCCGCACAUGCAGCAGAGCAAAACCCGCUCCGCUCUCUCCUCCACGCGAGGCCACCAUCGCCAACAGCAGCCGCACCGGGCUGCACCAUCCAGCACCGCAUUCAACCGGGUUCGACCGCUGCACGGUCAGUGGCAGCAGCCACGGCAGCACAGCCAGCAGCGUCGGCAUCGGAAUUAUCAGCGUCAGCUGUCGGCACUGUCAGUGCCACUGUCAGCGCCAGCCUUGCUGCCAGCCUGGCUGCCAGCUUGGACUCGAGGAGGCCAGGGGAGGAGGGGAGUGAGUGCGCCUCUCACAGCUGCUCCGUGGGCUGUGGCGAGGCACAGGGGCGUGAGGGGAGUGAGUGUGAUUGCCUGGGUUAUGAUGGGGAGGGCAGGGGGAGUGAGGGGUGUGGAGAGGAGGUUUUGGGGGGGGGGUGGGCGGAGUCUAGAGUGGGAGGUUUCAGAGAGGGUGAGAGAGAGAGGGAGGAGGAGGAGGAGGAGGAGGAGGAGGAGGAGGAGGAGGAGGAGGAGGAGGAGGAGGAGGAGGAGGAGGAGAGGAGGGAAGAGGAGCAAGAGGGGAUGGAAGAGGAAGAUGAGGAGAGGGAAGGUGAGGAGGAGCAGCAUGACUACAUUAUGACGCUGGACCAACACCACACAGAAGCCAUUUCUCAUACUGAUGUUGAGGGCUUGAUCAGAGGAACCCUAAGCCUUCUCACGUAUGCUGUGGCUAACUUGCCCAUUCAGCAGCAGCAGCUGCUGUGGCUGGAUCAGUUGCAGCAGCAGGAGCAGCAGCAGCAGCAGCUGCAAGAGCAGGGAAUGCUGCCUUUACCAUCAGGUGCACUGGACUACCCUACUCAUUCCACCAACCCGUUUCUUGAGGUGCUUGGAGAGGAGGUGGUUAAAGAGAGGGUGGAAAAAUCAGAUGGGUACGAGGGGGUUCAGGCAGGAAAUGGUGCAACAGUCACCAGUAACGCACCGCCCGCGACGUCGCCUAGCGAUGAGGCGAUUGUUACUCAGCGACCUUCCCUUCCAGUCACCCCAGAGGAAGAGAACGACGCGAGCCGGAAGGAAGGGACAAUCCAGAAGGGUGAGUCGGGUAUCGGCGAGUCGCUGAGCGCCACGUGGCAUCGCAACCGCCUGCACGUGCUGGACGCGCCCACGAAUGGCGCCCGAACCGAGUUGAGAUUUUCAGAAGUGACUUCACGUGAUUCGUCAAGUCUUGACCAGCUUGACCCUGUUGACCACAUGGAACCAUCUACGGGCAAUCAACUCGCAAGCGAUGGCUUGGCGGCUGGGAUCGCGUCUCGCGAGCUGACGCAAGGAAAGGUCGCCGGAUCGAAUCUGGGUGGCGCAAACUUGGUUGCUGAGGGAGCAGCAAUGGAGGAGAAGGACGAGAAAAGGGCGGUGGGGGAAACACAGGAGGAGGCUCUGUACCGGCAGCAGAAGGAGCAGCAGGAGCAGGAGGAGCGGGAGGUGGGGGGGGCGGGAAGCGAGCUGCUGCCUGUGCGGGACGCGUGCGUGUUUGACGUCGCGCGGGGCCAGUUUGUGGUCGUCGAACAAGCGACACGUACACGGGGCUUCCGUUUCACCGCUGCCGACGCGUGGCGCCCCGCAACGGGCGGUUGCGACGACGGAGACCUUCGCACGCGCGACGAGUGCGACUGGAACGGCGUGUCGUUUACUAUCGCACUCGGCGGAGCGAUCGAAGCGGAGGUCGACGGGGCAACUGUGGAAGACCCUGUAUGGCCCUGUGUGCCCUUCCCCCGUUGCCUGUUCUCCGCCGCCGCUUGCGCGCACACCGUGAUUGCGGGAGAUGUCGCGACGCCUGAGAAGCACGUAGCCGCGGCCUCUACGGCUUCCGCCAGUGACGCCCGCGCAGCCUUCACCGCCUCUACCGCCGCCGCUACUGCUGCCGAGAAGCGCGCGGCGGCGUUCCGAAGGAGCGCGGGUGGCGCUCUCCACAUGCGGUCUCUGGGGAGCUUCUUCCCCGGUGGGGAGGAGGUUGUGGGGGCAAACGGCGGAGGGGGAAGCGGAAGCGGAAGCGGAGGAGGGGCAGGAAGUCCGUUUUCUGGGGGUGGGCAGGCUUGGGUUAAGCAACACGAGGGCGUGGGGGGUGGAGAAAGCGAGGGAAAUGGCGGAGAUAAGGGAAACAAGGGCAACGGUGGGAAUGGGGGAAUGAAGAGCGCAGUGGUCGCAGGGGAUGGGAUGAAGGCGCGGGCGCAAGUCGGGAGUGGAAUGGCGGGAAUGGCUAAGGACGGGGAAGGGAGUGCGGCGAAUGUGGAAGAGAGUGAGAACGAGUUCAAGCGGGCGAUGGGCAGGUGGGGAGUCGGAGGGGGAAACGGAGGGGGAGGCGCAAUAGGUGGGGACGCCUCGAGCGCGGGUGGAGGAGGGGGGGCAUUUAAAAGAAACUCCAUGAACGCGGGGACGGCGGAGCUGACGAGUGGAACAGGCUUCCCCAGCAACGGCCAGACGUCGGGAUUCAAAUCUGCAGGGAACGGCCAGACCAAUCAGCUAACGAGCGGCACUGGUUUUCCCAGCAACGGCCAGACCGUGACGCGGUUCGGCGCGCAGACGAACGGAUGGGCGGACGCGUCGGGGCCUUUCAGGCGCGCAUUCGCCGCGGCGUGCGGGUACGGCGCGCGGACGAGGCAGCGAGCCAUGGUGCACGUGCCCGGAAACGCGGUGUUCCGGAUAUUCCCGAUGGAGAUCCAAGGGCCGUGCGGCGCUGGACUGAUUGUUCGGAUUGAUGGGGCGAUUCAAGCGUUUUUCAACACGGCGGCGUAUCCGCGACCCGAGAGCAGCAAGACGUGGGCGAUGCUUGGUUUUGACGGGAUUGAUAAUCUCGUCGUCGCGGGGAGCGGCUAUUUGGACGGCUCGGGGCGCGCGUGGUGGGGCAAAGGGAAGCGCCCCAUGCUCAUGCAUUUCUCGGAUUGCCGAAACUUGCUAAUAUCGGGGAUCACCUACAGGAAUCCGGGCAAGAUCCACCUGAAGGUAAAGGCAAGCACGGGUGUGAUGAUCCGGGGGGUGCGCACACUGGCUCCUUGGAACAGCCCCAACACGGACAGCAUCAGCAUCAGCUCAUCUUCUAAUGUGGUUGUCAAGGACUCGAGACUCGAAUCAGGCGAUGAUGGUGUGGCAAUAGUGGGCAUGACUCGCAACGUGCUUGUGGAGAAUAUCACAUGCAUCAACGGCCAUGGCAUCAGCAUUGGAAGCCUGGGAGCUGAAGGGGCUCUGGGGUGCAUCCAGGGUGUGACUAUACGUGACGUCACCUUCCGGGGCUCUAACAACGGCCUGCGCAUCAAGACGUACCAAGGAGGCGUGGGACUGGUGUCCAAUGUCUCGUACGAGAACGUGCAAAUGACAGAUGUUACAUAUCCUAUCGUCAUUAACCAGACCCCGAUAAAACCCUAA